GUGUAUGUUGGUGAGCUUCCUCAAGAUUUUCUUCGCAUUACGCCAACCCAGCAGCAACAGCAAAUCCAGCUGGAUGCCCAGGCAGCUCAGCAGCUACAGUAUGGAGGACCAAUGGGUACAGUAGGCAGACUCAGCAUUACUGUAGUACAGGCAAAAUUGGCAAAGAACUAUGGAAUGACUCGCAUGGAUCCGUAUUGUCGGAUACGGCUGGGGUACGCUGUGUAUGAAACUCCAACAGCACAUAACGGAGCCAAGAACCCCCGCUGGAACAAAGUUAUUCAGUGCACUGUUCCCCCGGGUGUGGACUCUUUUUAUCUAGAGAUAUUUGAUGAGCGAGCCUUUUCAAUGGAUGACCGCAUUGCUUGGACACACAUUACAAUUCCUGAAUCUCUGAAGCAAGGAAAUGUGGAGGAUGAGUGGUACAGCCUGAGCGGAAGGCAGGGUGAUGACAAGGAAGGAAUGAUUAAUCUGGUUAUGUCGUACACGUCUUUGCCAGCUGCCAUGAUGAUGCAGCCUCAGCCAGUGGUCCUGAUGCCCACUGUAUAUCAGCAAGGCGUUGGAUAUGUGCCUAUAGCAGGGAUGCCUACAGUCUGUAAUCCAGGCAUGGUACCGGUAGCAAUACCACCUCCUGCGGUCAACCCUCAGCACCUGUGUAAUGAAGAGGACCUGAAAUCUAUCCAGGACAUGUUUCCCAACAUGGACAGGGAAGUAAUCCGCUCAGUGCUAGAAGCUCAGAGGGGGAGCAAGGAUGCAGCUAUCAACUCCUUGCUUCAGAUGGCUGAAGAAUCAUAGAUUCCCACUUCAUACAUAGUCCCUGCUCUCGAUGCCACUUAUUUUUACUUGCCAAGCCAGGGAUUUAGCUAGAGGAAGAAUUUCCCAAAGGCUUUCUGUUAGCGCAUCCUUUGUUAAAGGUUAUACCCAUUUUCUCCUUGGACAUGUGGAU